UCUCUCUCACUCUCGUACUCGUCGUGUAAUUUAACCAUUAUUUUCGAGUGAAGCUACUGCGAAGCUGCUGCUGUACUGCACUGAUGAUGAUGAUGAUGCAACUACAGCACUCCCUUGCAGUUUCCCGCUACCACAGUGUACUAGUGCACGUGAAGCAUAUGUGAAGAGUAGAUUUUCCACGCACGAGAGACGCUAAAAGACUUUCUUAUUUACAUAUAGGUAUACGCUUGCACAUGAGCGAGCUCGCAGUAUAUUUAUAUAGAUCAUGCGAACGGAGUCACUUGACAAUUCAGCCUUGCAAUACCCCCAGCGGAUUACACUUUCAAUAUUGCACAGGCUUUUGUUUACUAAACCACUUGAUUCUGCGGAGAGAAACGCUUACACCGAGCGCCAGCGUUGCGAUGAUGCAACAUCAUAGCCAACGCUACGACCACAACGCCAGCGCAGACUGCCCGGUCUGUCCCAACACGGUCGAAAACGCAGAGCACGUUUUCUUCAAUUGCAUCCGAUUUGAGGAGGGAAGAGAAAAGCUCUAUCGCCAGCUUCAAGAAGUUGCCAGGCCAGAAAAUAUCGUCCAGCUCAUGCUAGCAGACGAAAAAAACUGGCUCGCGGUAGCCACCUUCGCCCAUUCUGUCAUAACAAGUCUGAGAACCGAAGAGAUGACCAGAAGAAGAUGACCGGACGACGCGGCAUGAAGAAGACGAAAUAACAAACAGUGCAAACGUGACGAGCUCGGUGCACCAGCCCAGCCUCUCCCCGCGAAGUAAUGCCCAACGGCGGUCCCGCGGGGGUCAAACAGGGGCUGAAGGAGAUGUCGAUGGGCCUUUCAUUCUUCUUGUUUUAUACACCAUAUAUUUCUUUCUCCACCUUUUGUCUUACAUAACAUAUGUAGCAAA